AUGUCUGACCGGGAAGACUCGGAUGAUGAUGCCCGUCCCAGGCCUGUACCAGAGCAGGAGAGCGCCGCGGGCGACGCUCUGACCGGUGCAGGUGACGAUGAUCCUGAACCACCACGCAAAAUCGUCAAGCCUGUCCUAGACAUGAGCCUGGAUGAAUUGGCCUCUCACCAACGGCGCAAGCGCCGCGGUCAUGAUGAUCGCCGCUCUCGUGCUGAUCAUCGACGCAACCGCAGCCAGCACGGCCAGGACCUGCGCAGCCAGCUGGGUGCUCGCUCGAAGCGCACCUUUGCUGAUGCAAGUCAAGAUUUGCGCACCCAGCUCUCCCUGAGCUCCGCUCGCACUCGUGCUUAUCAAUUUGAUACACCCAACAACGUGGAGGUCAAAGACAGCGUAGUACCUGAACGGGUGUUGCCCAACCUCAAGCUCGAGCUGGCGCGUCGUGAUUGUUUGCAAGCAGCAUUGACCCUGUUUGGCGAGCAAUGCCAGGAGCGGCUGAACAUCCUGCCCCCAAAGCAUAAUCUAGCCCGCUGGCUCUACCAACAGCUAUCGGUACCAUCGGGUCCCGAACAAGUGGAUGCCCUUUUCCGAUAUCCAAAGUCGAUGGCGAAUAGCAAACCACUCCGUGAUGAGAUUGCUCGCGAGCUGCCAUGUCGCAUCCCCAACCGCGCCUACAAGCACUGGCCCACGGGUCUCGCGGUGGUGGAGACAUUCGUUACAACCGCACGCGACUGGUUGGCUCACAUUGAUGAGAUGGCUGCUCAAAAGAAGAAGGCCAUGACAAAGGCACCGGCAGAUGCUGAUGUGUCAGAGGACAGCGCUGCCGAAGGCAAGACCCCAGCUGCUGAGGUGGAGGAAACGAAAGCUGAGGAAGUUUUGGAGAGUGAUGAGCACCUCGGUGAGACGAUGCGUGCGUUGGAGCGGGCAGAGGUGUGGCUGCGCCUGCAGCGCCAUUCGAGACUGCCGCCCAACUUUGAAGAGCUGCGCGAACUGCUGACCUUUUUGAGCACAGCCGGGAGCGAGGCGAUCCGAGAAGCUGCUGACCCAGAGAUUGAGGACAUUCUCAAGAAGACCGAGGCAUGCCUGGAGGAUGCACUGGCCAAGUUGGCCGAGAUUCGCGCCGAACCGGUGGAUGAGGCCUUGGAGAUAGAGUGUGAGAUGAAUGACGACAAGGUCGUGCUGCGCUGUCCGACUGUCGGCGCUGAUUGCCUCGUGAGCAUGAAGAGCGAUCACUACCAUCGCCUGGCCAAGUUGUACCGCACACACUGUGAGGCCUUUGAUCCCGAGCGGCAGCACUUUCAUCGCCUAGCCUUGUGUGUGGGGCUGCGGUACCAGACCAUCCUCUUUGAGCCCUAUGUCGAUGGUGAGAACAGCAUGCCGGCCGCCUUCAAGGCCUUUCUCACAAAGCAGCUGCAUUGUUGCUUUGACUCCUUUGCCUCGCCUUUCAAUGCCUACUACCGCAACUUUGCCAGCGCCGCGCCAGAUCUGGACUCCUUUUUUGGGUCGGUGGGCUCCUUUUUUGACUUUACUCCUUCCCAGGGCUCCUUUGUGGCUUUCCCACCGUUUGUGGAGCUCGUGCUGGACCGCACCGCCGACCGUAUCGAGGCACUGCUGAACGCAAGCUCUGACCCGUUGUCGUUUGUCGUGAUGAUGCCGGAGUGGCGCCUCUACAAGCUGCAUGCUCUGGACGUGCUCGAUCAGUCACCUCACCGCCGCGCUGACUUUCUCAUCGAGGGUAACAAGCAGGCCAUCCUUUCGGGCCAGAGCUGGUAUGGCGACGUGGGCCAGCAGUGGAAACUCGCCCGCUUUGGCGACUAUCGUGUCUACGUUCUGCAAAAUGAGGCGGGCUUUGCGCAAUGGGGUGCGGGCGUCGCUGCGCUCGAGGAGAACAAGCGCGCUUUUGGUGCUUCCGACGCCUAG